UUACAUUUUUAACAUCUCAUAUUCACCCUCUUUAUCCUGGUAAUUUAAUGAGACCACUUACUGUAAUGGCACCUUUUGGGAGCGUGGGAGGAAAUCAGAGCAACUACAGCAAACCUAUGCAUCCAUUUUGAUCUUCUGUCUCUUCCAGUGCAGAUGAAACAAGCUAAAGCUCGAGCUAAAGCUUCAAAUGCAUCCAGAUAAGUUUGUUUUUUGGCAUGACACAAGACCCCUCCUCAACUUUCAAACUAAAGCAAUCAAUUCCAGCUGAAGACAAGGCAGAUUUCCCUGUCUUAUCAGUUUUAUGUUUGCAGAUAUGAUGAACUAAAGUUAGAAAAACAGGAUUUUUAUUAAGUUUAAGACCAGAUUUAAGAUAAAUAAUAGUUGUUUUCUUAUUCUAGCCAGAAAGUAUACAAUGUCUAAUCUAAACUUUAUGAUUUAGGUGGCAACUAAAGAGUUGGAGAAAGAUUUGUCCAUUGAGAAAAUCUGUAUCGACUAGAAGUGGCUGGAUUGAUCCAAACAUAUCGAUAAGAUCAAUGACAAGUCUGCAUCUGUAUCGGAUCAAUACUAGCAAGUCCGUCGCUGCAGUCUGCUGCUUAUCUCCAUCAUGGCUUCUCUCUUGUAUUUGCUGUGCGCUCUGUGCUGGACGUUCAGGCCGUGCUGCAGCGUCAGCUCGCCUGAGUGGUUCCAAAACAUGACCACAAACCUCUUCAGCUUGCCUGGAGAUGUAACUCUUGGAGGACUUUUUCCAAUUAACCAGCAAUCGAACAGCAGCGGUUUCAUUAGUGAGCCGUACAGCAUCAAGUGUGAAAGUUUGAAUGAAUAUGGACUUGGUCUCGCUCUGGUGAUGAAAUAUGCCGUGGAUGAGAUCAACGGAAAGCAGGAUAUUCUCCCAGGCGUCAAAUUAGGUUAUAAAAUGUAUGACACCUGCAGACACUCUUCAAUCAUUGUGAAGCCCACUAUCUCCUUCCUCACUGAGAAAACAAGCAACGCUCUUUCUGUGGAGUGUAAUUACACCGACUAUGAAACCAGCAUAUCAGCCGUCAUUGGUCCUUAUACAUCGGAAAUGGUGUCAGUCAUCGGAAAGCUUCUAGGUUUCUUUCUGAUGCCUCAGAUUAGCUACGGUGCCACCAGUGACAAAUUCAGCGAUAAUCUUCUCUACCCAUCAUUCUUCCGCACGGUGCCCAGCGACAAAUGGCAAGUGGACGCCAUGGUUCAGCUCAUGUAUGAGUUUAACUGGACCUGGGUCGCUGUGAUCGGCAGUGAGGAGGAGUAUGGACAAAGCGGUGUGCAGCAGUUCUCCAAAGUAGCAGAGAAUAAGUCUGUGUGUGUGGCCUAUCAGGGCCUGAUCCCGGUGUACACUGACCCAGGACCAGCAGUCCAAACCAUCAUCAACAACAUCAAAACAACAGAGGUCAAAGUGGUGAUCGUGUUUGCCCUCCCAGAACCAGCUGCAUUCUUUUUUGAACAGGUCGUCCAGGAAAAUUUAACAGGUGUGUGGAUCGCCAGCUCAAGCUGGAUAAUCCACAAUCGACUCAUUUCCAUCCCCAAGAUCAAAGACAUUGGCACAAUCAUUGGUUUUGUUGACAAGUUGAAUAGUCUGGAUUUGCUGAACAACUACACAGAAACACUCCUCAGAAAAAUAAGUGAGGAAAGGGCAAAUAAUGCUACCAUACAACCAAAGUCUCAUGAUCCUGACAAUCCAUGCCCACAGUGUUGGUACCUGUCACCAGCUAACAUCACCUUGGUAAAUGACCUUGCAGUGAAGAGACUGGGCUUCGCUGUAUAUUCUGCCGUCUACAGCGUAGCGCAGGCACUGCAUACGUUGCUUGAGUGUGAUUCAGCUGGCUGUAACUGGCGACCAGACUCAAAAAUCUAUCCUUGGAAGCUGUUGGAGGUCCUGAGGAAUACUUCCGUUAACAUAAGUGGCACAAUUUUAGAGUUCGACAAAAAUGGUAACCCAAAUGUCGGGUACAACUUGGUGGAGUGGAUCUGGGAGACCUCAGGCAAAGUUGCCUUCAAAAAUGUGGGAAAUUAUUAUCAAAACAAACUGUUCAUCAAUGCAUCUCGCUUUGAAUGGCACACUGAGAACUCAACGGUUCCUCUGUCGACCUGCUCAGCGCAGUGUGCCGAUGGCCAGGUUCGCAGAGUUAAAGGCUUUCAUUCCUGCUGCUAUGACUGCAUUGACUGCUUGGCUGGCACGUUCCAGGCAAAUAAAGACGACAUCCAGUGCGCCAAGUGUCCUGAACGUCAGUGGUCCAAUGACCGCAGUACUAACUGCACAGCCCCCAUUUUUGAAAUUUUGGGAUGGGACUCAGAUGAUGCCCUGAAGAUUAUACUGGCAGUUCUUGCGCUGCUUAUAUGUCAAGUGUCAGUGGCUGUCGUGUUCCUGAUCCACCGAGGAACCCCACUGGUGAAGGCCUCAGGGGGAGUCCUGACCUUCCUGGCUCUGCUCAGCUUGAUGGGAGGCUGUCUGAGUUUAUUUCUCUUCCUGGGGGAGCCUGACGAUGUGGUGUGUCGUCUUCAGCUACCACUCAUCACUAUUUUCCAAUCUGUAGCCCUCUCCAUUAUCUUGUCUAUCUCACUGCAAAUAUUCCUUGUGACAGAGUUCCCAAAGAAGGUCGCUCCCCACCUGCGUACGCUCCGAGGCCCUGGAAGCUGGCUGUUUGUGCUGAUCUGCUGUUCUGUUCAGGCUGGACUGUGCGGCUGGUUUGUUCAAGAAGAACCCUCUCUUACUGCGUAUAAGAACAAUAUGGAGAUCAAUUUCAUGAAGACCUUUUUGCCAUGCCCUGUGUCUCCAGAUAAACUUGCUGUCAUGCAAGGCCUCAAUGCUGCCAUGGCCCUUGUGUCAUUCAUGUCCACCUUCAUGGCAAUUAAACCCCAUCAUCAAUACAAUCUUGCCAGGGAUAUCACCUUCUCCACUCUUAUCUAUUGUGUGAUUUGGGUGAUCUUUAUUCCAGUCUAUACAGGGUUGACAGCAAAUAUACUCACUGUGUCAAAGAAUAAAUCUACUGUUCAUGUUUAUUUCACUCUGGCAGGUAACUUAGGGCUGGUGGUUGCUUAUUACUUCCCAAAAUGCUACUUGCUGUUUAAGAAUCCUGAUUCCAACACUCCAGAGUACUUCUGUACUUUCUUAGAAGGCGUCCCACCAACACCGCCCCAGGAGGAGCCAGAGCCACCACCAGCCAAAUAAGCUACCAACCAACUAACCAACCAAACAAUCAACCAAGCAAUCAACUAACCAACCUACCUACCUACCUACCUACCUACCUACCUACCUACCUACCUACCUACCUACCUACCUACCUACCUACCUGCCUACCUACCUACCUACCUACAAACCAAACAAUCUACUUACCUAUACCGACUGAACUCUAUUAACCUGUUUAUUUCACCUUAAAUGUUGCCUGUAGGUUGACCUGCAGAGUUCAGCAUGUGAAUUACUCUUAUGAAAAACUCCUCUUUCCAAAUGCCUAAUGAUAGAAGAAGGCCAUGUGCUGACAAUCUUAUUGCAAAGAAAAUAAAUAGGUAUGAUUGUACAACCAGCAGUGGUCUUAUGUAUUCACUCUUAGAAACUGAGCUCUGCUAAACAUUAAUAGUGCACAUUUUCACAAAGGCUUCACUUUUAAUAGAGAAUACCUCCAGAAUUGCAUGAUAGAGAGGAUGUAAUAGACUGUCUGUAGUCCUGAUCUCAACCCCAUAAAAUCAAUAAAAUUAAGAAAAUGAUGGACAACUCUGACCAUCCUCUUCAUGAGACUGUUUGGGAAAACAGAGUGUCUUCAGUAAAAGGCUUCUUCAAAUUUGCUGUAACAGAGACUGUUACAAAAUGUCUUUCCUGCCAAUAAUCAUCAUUAUUUACAAUAACUUUUGAAGAAUUUGAAUUAAUAUGAGUUACAGCCCACUAAUAUAUUUUUCUUUCAGAUGUUAAAUGAUUUUAAUAAUACAUUUCAACAUUGUAACAUAUUUAAGUAAAAGGGCUUUUGAGAAAUAGAAACUAAAUUUUUCUUUCUUUCUGUGCUUUCUUUAAUAUGUAUGAACUACGUGCUCCUUUUGGUUGUUUUUUGUGCAAUAGUUACAUUAUGUUAGUACUUCAAACUGAUUUUGUAAGAUAGUUAUUUUCUAA